UUCGCAUCUACAUCUCAAACUCUCACUUCCUCCUUGAUUUAGAGUGAGCUCUGGCCACAACUGCUGGCAUUCACCCACUCCUCCUCAUCUGACAGCGUCCGGCACUUCAUCCAUCCGCUUUAGGAGCCAGAGUCCCUCCCCAGCCACUGUUCUCAGGUCAUCAUGUCUAGGAAGGUGGUCAGGUCCAGUAAGUUCCGCCACGUCUUCGGCCAGGCGGUGAAGGCGGACCAGUGCUACGAUGACAUCAGGAUCUCCCAGAUGACCUGGGACAGCAACUUCUGCUCGGUCAACCCCAAGUUUGUGGCCAUGAUUGUGGAUGCCAGCGGUGGAGGAGCUUUCAUUGUCCUGCCCCUGAGCAAGACGGGUCGCAUUGACAUGUCCCUGCCCACUGUCUGUGGACACACUGGACCAGUAUUGGACAUCGAAUUCUGCCCACAUAAUGACAACAUCAUUGCCAGUGGCUCUGAAGACUGUAGUGUCAUGAUCUGGGAGAUUCCAGAUGGAGGUCCCGUAACACCACUGAAGGACCCGGUUGUGAAGCUGGACGGUCAUUCUAAACGCGUGGGCAUCCUCAGCUGGCACCCCACUGCCCACAAUGUGCUAAUGAGUGCAGGCUGUGAUAAUGUGAUCAUCCUUUGGAACGUGGCUCGUGGAGAGGCGGUUGUGCGCAUUGACUCAGUGCACUCUGAUCUGAUCUACAGCGCCUGCUGGAACAGAAACGGCUCUCAAAUCCUUACUUCCUGCAAGGACAAGAAAUUACGCGUGCUAGACCCCCGCAAAGGCUCCGUCAUCUCUGAAAAGGACAAGCCUCACGAAGGCUCCAGGCCAGUCAGAGCUGUGUUUGUCUCUGAUGGGAAGAUCCUGACCACCGGUUUUAGCCGCAUGAGUGAGCGGCAGGUGGCGCUGUGGGAUCCUAAAAACUUUGGUGAGCCCUUGACCCUGCAGGAGCUGGACACCAGUAGUGGGGUGCUCUUACCUUUCUUUGACCCUGACACUGGUAUAGUUUACCUUUGUGGCAAGGGUGACAGCAGCAUCAGAUACUUUGAGGUGACGGACGAGGCCCCAUACGUUCACUAUCUCUCCAUGUACAGCAGUAAAGAGAGUCAGAAGGGCAUGGGCUACAUGCCCAAGAGAGGCCUGGAAGUCAACAAGUGCGAGAUCGCAAGGUUCUAUAAACUCCACGAGAGAAAGUGUGAACCUAUCGUUAUGACUGUGCCUCGUAAGUCUGACUUGUUUCAAGAAGACCUUUACCCCGACACGAUUGGCCCAGAGCCAUCGGUGGAGGCAGACGAUUGGUUUUCUGGUAAAAAUGGGGAGCCAAUCCUGAUCUCCUUGAAAGAUGGUUUUGUGGCUACCACCAAAAACAAAGAGUUCAAAGUCAUCAAGAGCUUGAUGGCGACCACCUCAUCUUCCUCGAGCAACCGACAGUCUGACUGUGCGGACGUACCGGCCUUGCAGAAUGAAGUGAAGGAGCUGAGGGAGAUGGUUGAGCAGUUGACCAAACGAGUGAGCGAACUAGAGAGCAAGUAGAGGAAGAGAGACCCCAGUAGAAUGAAAAGAAAAAUGCAAAUGGAUGCAAGAUAUGCAAAUAAUGAAGUCAUAAAAUGUGUACAUUGGAAAGAACAUUUUGUACAAUUAUGUGAAGUUCUUUCAUGGGAUACCAUUUUUUUACCAAUCUUAAUUUUACCAAAUUUGCUCUUCAGGGAUUUCCCUUUUUUUUUAAUGUGACCCAGAUUUGUUUGAAGUCCAUUUUAAUAUAUGUUUUUUGUAGGAUUUGAAAUAAAUGCCAGUGUUAUUUUAAAAAAGA